AUGGCUCAGGCAAACCCGAUAGAUAAUGAUGAUAUUGAGGAUGAUUUCUUCCAACAACGGUCGCCCGAUUUCGAUAAAGUUCAAAUGGAAAAACAGACGGCGCACAAUCAUAAUAUGGCUGAAGACGAUAGACUGAAAGGUGUAAAGCGUGAACUAACUAAGGACAAACAACAGCUCGAAAAGACGAGUGAUACCAUAUUAAAUGCAAGCACCGAACUUCUUGAUCAGAUUGAACAGCAUAUUAAACAAUUGCAACAAUUAGAAACAGAAAAAACGGAAUUAUACGCUCAACAAUUGGAGAAGACGAAAGCGAUCACUUUUGAAGAGACAGCUAUCUAUGAGCAACAAGGGAACGUUUCGAAUCUAGAACUGGAGCUACGUCAGUGCAGUGACAUAAAGAGUAAACUCGAUUCAGAACAACAACAAUUGCAAAAGCAACUGGCGGAUAUAAAGGAAAAAGAGGCUGAAGAUUCUAGUAUGCAAAACUACCUUCAACUGUCAUUGAAAGCACUACAGCAGCAAAUCGCACAGGCCAUGCAGGAACUUCAAAUGAAUGAAGAGCUUCUGAAGGAAGAAAAUGCGAGACGGGAAGAAUACGAACAGAGAGCUGAAGAGUUACAUCGUGAGAUCGCAAGAAUUGAAGAAGAAAUCAAGACGGUGGAGCAAGAAGUCGAACGAAUCAACGAACAACAACGCGUUCUCGAGCUAAAACAGAAAGACUUGCAAAAGCAGUUUGAACAAAUGAGUGCAACAAUUACACAGCUCGAAAAAGUACUCAAAGACAAGGUAGCAGGUCUUGCUCAUCUUCAGGCGCAAAUUGAAGCUUUUCAAGAGACAAUCAAACAAUUGGAACAAGAGGUAAACGAGCUACGAGAACAAAUUCAAUCGGUCAACGAAAAUUUAGAGAAAGUAAAACAAGACUUAGCCAUUGCCGAAGAUCGAUUCAAAGAACUCGAUAUAGAACGAAAGAGACUCGAAAGUGAGUGGCACGAACUCGAAAAAACUUUUCGAGCACUCGACGAUGAACGAGUAGACAAAGCCAAUCAAUUAAACAAACUUGAAAAAAAAUUGCGUAUUAUGGAAGAUUUGCUCCGUCAUGCUCAGGUCAAUGUCGAAAAGCUCCAAAAGCAGCAACAGCAACAGUCUACAGAAGUUGAACGGCUGCAGAAAGAACACGAUGAUCUUGACUCGGAAUUGGUUAAACUGAACAAUCAGAGCGCUGAUUUACUCGUGCGUAAAAAUGAUGCCAUACAAGAACAGCAAAAUGCAGAGAGUGAAAACCAAGAAGCUCAAAAGAUCUUGUCUCAACUCACGCAACAAGAGCGUGAACAUAAAAAUCAACAUACUAAAGCAGCGAGCGACGAACAACGAACUAGUGUUCAACUCCAACAGGCCGAACUCGAGGAAAGAACUGCCGAACAACAGGUGCGCGCUGCCGAAGCUCGAGUCGAAUCCGCCAAGAUAAUGAGUAUUAGCUGGAAUCUUCUUAAACUUAUUGGUCCUGCUGUUUCGAUUUUAACUGGCGAUAGAACGCAAGGUUUGAUAAAAGCCGAGUCGGCACUUCAACAAGCACGUGAUAGACUCGAAACCAAAAAAGCAAAGUGCGCUGAACUUCGUGACAAACAUUAUGCCGCUAAGCAACAUACUACUGAGUGUCUCAAUCAACAUAAGGCAACAACCACCGAUCUUAUAAAUCAUGAAACAAUUGCUAAGCAAAAAGUUUAUUCAUUGGCUGCGAACAAAGCCAAAGCUGCCAAACUCAUUGAAGAACACCAAAAUGUGUCUCGACAACAAAAACAGACCGAAUCGAACUUGCGAAUGAUGGCUACCAAACUUCAGCGAGCUGAAACUCAGUUGAGCACGACAAACAAUGAUUUGCAACGCUAUCAGCAAGAAUUAACCAUCCACGACAGUCAAAGGGAGGAUCUAAAGUCGAACAUUGCAAAUGUAAAGACAAUGAUUAAGAGACACGAUCGAACCAUACAGGACCAUCAAAAGACUAUGAGCGAACAUCAAACAGUUCUCUCGAAUACGAUUCGGGAUCAUCAACAACAGAAGCUCGUCGUGCAAUGUCUCAAAGGUGAAAGCUUAAACCUAAAACGAAAACUCGGUGAUAUGACCAAUACCGAAAAGAUCAAAUUACGCGAGAUGACUCAUCAACAAACACUGCUCGAAGCCGAAAAAAAGACAGUCCAAGAAUUACGCGCUAAUAUAGCCACCAAACAACAAAAUCUCGGCGAGAUUCGUCAACACAUUGUUGUCAAUACUCAAGACCUUCAAAGAAUAACCAAUGAUACCAAACAGUUGCUUCAACAAAAGGCAGAACUCCAGAAAAAUGUACAGAUUAAGAAAAAUGAAAAUAUCUAUUUCGAACGCGAACAUCGUGCAGCAGGCUUUCGAGCUCAAGCUCAAGAAGUCAUAGUGCAGGAUCUUCGUCAGAAUCUGGACAAGUUGAACGCACGUGACAAGCAGCUUUAUGCCGAAGUGCAACAUCUGGAGGGCAAAUUGCAAAAUAAGACACAAGAAAUCGAAAGAAGUCAAAAUUCGAUCAAUAUAAUCACUGAGAAUAUGCGCAUCGCAUGUGAAAGACAGGAAAAUGGACGAAAAGUGAUUACUGCUUCUAAAAAAGAACUAACAGCGAUUGAGAUGCAAAUCAAACAAUCCAGUGAAAAGAUCGGUAAAAGUGAGCGCACGUUUCAUGAGAUGAACGAUGCAUUUCGUCGAUCGAACGAUUCGUUUGCCGACAAUGAAACCUUGAAAGCGAAAAACUAUCAGCGACUGCAGAAACUUGAACAAGCUAUAACCGAGUUCAGAGUGGCUCAUUGUAAACAGCAACAAACAUACGAGGAACAAUCGAUUGCAAUCGUCAAACGGAAACUCGAAGAACGAAAAGCGACAAAUAACAAUAUCAACAAAAACAAGGAAAACAUCAGUACGAUCGAACAUCUUCGAUCAGCGGCAGCCAAUGAUACUUGCUGGGAAAAAUUGUCAUCAGUGAAACAUUUGGUAAAACAAAUGGUGCGCGAUUAUGUGCAAUUGAAUGCCGCUUCUAGUACAUUCAGUGCCACGACGGAUCCCUACGAAGAUUCAAAAGCUACCCUAUAUGCUAAUAUACAUCGAGUACGACGUUAUUUUCAUCAUGUGACAAAUACGAUUAAGCAUAUUGCCUAUCUCGAUCGGUGUGCCGUCGAUCUGGCUAUUACUGAAAUACGACGUACAUAUGAUGACGAUGGAAAUGUGCUCAAUAAUAUACAUGCCUACUUGAGAACGUUCUGUUUGCGAAAUGCAGUGGUCGAUUCGGCUGCUCACGAACAGCAACGUCGAACAUGGGCUGAGGAGCAAAAGGGAUUACGAGAAACCAAUGGACAACAUCGUCUAGAACUUGAAGCACGGCGUAACCUGAUUAAGAAAGCAGAAGAUGACGUGAAGUUGUAUGAACUGCGCCUUUAUAAUAUCGUUCAAAGAGAAAAACAAGUUGAAGCGCAAGCAACCAAGUUAAUUGCAGAAGCGUGUAGUAGUAUGACCACGACAAAUAUCAAUGCAAAUUGGAUGGAUAAGCAUGAUCAGGCUAAACAGAUGAGAGACGACUAUAAAAAGGAGAGACGCGAAGCCGAAGCACUACUCGGAAAGACAAGAGACGAUCUUGCCAAACAUAAAGAGCCCUAUCAGGCAUUGGCAACGAAAAUAGCCGAAGACGACGCGCAAAUUCGAGAUCUCGAUGCUUUUCUCAAACUUGAUCUUGCGGAUGAACAUCGAAAAUUAAUUGUGAAGUAUGGACGAGGAUUGCUACUCUAUGGUCCACCAGGAACAGGCAAAUCGGAACUACUGAAACGAGCUGCCAUCUUUGCGGGCAUCACAAUGACAACGGCUCCGCUAGCAGCUGGUGAACUCAAUCGACCAUAUGUGGGCGAAACAGAAAAGUUACUUGUCGACAUCAUGCAUCGUGCGAACACAAUACCCUAUCUGAUUUGUGCUAUGACAAUCGACGAAAUCGAUGGACUGGUUCCCAAACGAGACAAUAAUGCUCAACAAUCGAAAGUAGACGGAAUUAGUGUUCUUCUAUCGCACAUUGAAGGUGUGAAAAAUAUACCGAAUUUAAUUGUAUUCGGUGCAACCAAUCGACGAAAUAUGAUGGACGAAGCUUUUCUACGUCGCAUGCAAGCGAAAUGUUUUGUCGGUCGACCUUCGCCACAAAUUCGAAAGAAAAUGCUUCGGCCAUUACUAUGCAAAGAUUCAGGCGUAUUUACGAGCAAACGCAUCGAUUUUCUUGUCAAAAUAACGACAAAUUUUAGUGGUGCCGCAGUUGGGGCACUGAAAUCGAGCAUUAUUGUCGCCAUGGAUCAGUAUCAACAGCCGGGAACACUCACAGAUCAUACACUACUCGAACUGGCCGACAAUACGGCGCGCGAAUUUAGCUGCUGGUUUGGUAUCGGAACAUUGCCUGGAAUCUGUCGUCUUCAUCCAAAUAUUUUCUCAUCAGAUGGUCAACAAGAUGACUAUUCACUUAAAUUACCUAACAGCACUCCAUCAGGUCGCAUUCUUAUCGAUUUACAAGAACGAAAAUGUUUGAUCGAACUUACUAAGGAGCCUACACUGGAGAAAAUACUCGCCGAUGAGGAAACAUCGGCAUUAACGCUCCUCUCACGUUUUAUCAGUGGAUGUUCGAGUCGAAACAUUGACACGAUUCAAAUAAUUGAUCUCAACUUUCUUAUCAAACACAAUGCCUCUGAUGAAAAUCAAAUAUUUGAAUUGUUGACUACUACAUUUCUAGGUGAGCACUAA